AGAGAGAGUGAGGGAGAGAGAAAGAGAGAGAGCUUAAUUUUGUUCCUAGUGCCGGCGCGUCGCGCUGUACAAGGUCGCCAUGCGGUCCAACCGGUUCUAGCGGGGUCUGCGAUCACGCACACGCCCAGCUGCCGAGCGCCUUCAGUUUGUUUCACGCAGUCGACGGGGACAAACAUGAAUUGCGCUCUCGUUCAAGUCAAGCGAUGCGUCGGCAGGCGUGGCGCGAGCUCGCUGGCAGCGGUCUUGCAGCCGGAGUUGGAGUCCAUCAGGGAGGCGGGCACGUGGAAGAACGAGAGGAUCAUUGCCUCGGCCCAGAGGACCGAAAUCGUGCUCGCCGACGGCAAGCGCGUUCUCAAUUUCUGCGCCAAUAAUUACUUGGGUUUGUCGGACAACCAGCAGAUAGUGACGGCGGCCAAGGCUGCCCUGGACAAGUACGGCGCGGGACUGAGCUCCGUGCGCUUCAUCUGCGGCACGCAGGACAUACACCGCGAGCUGGAGCACAAGCUGGCGGCCUUCCACGGGCGCGAGGACGCGAUCGUGUACGCGUCGUGCUUCGACGCCAACGCCGGCAUCUUCGAGACGCUGCUGACGGCCGAGGACGCGGUGCUCAGCGACGAGCUCAACCACGCGUCCAUCAUCGACGGCAUCCGGCUGUGCAAGGCCAAGAAGCUGCGAUACAAGCACCGCGACGUGGGCGACCUGGAGGCGAAGCUGGCGGAGAGCGCCGGCUGCCGGCUGCGCCUCAUCGCCACUGACGGCGUGUUCUCCAUGGACGGCACCGUGGCGCCGCUGGCUGGCAUCGUCGAGCUGGCGAGCAAACACGGCGCGCUGACCUUCGUCGACGACUGCCACGCCACCGGGUUCUUCGGCAAGACCGGCCGGGGCACGGAGGAGUAUUUCGGCCUGCUGGGCAAGGUGGACAUCAUCAACUCGACCCUGGGCAAGGCUCUGGGCGGCGCGGCUGGCGGCUACACCGCCAGCAGCAAGCCGCUGAUCGACCUACUGCGCCAGCGGAGCCGGCCCUACUUGUUCUCCAACUCGCUGCCACCGCCGGUCGUUGCCACCGGCAUCAGGGUGAUCGACCUCAUCGCCGGCAACACCAAUCUGCUCAACAUCCUCGAGCGCAACACGCAGCACUUCCGCCAGGAGAUGACCCGCGCCGGCUUCAAGAUCGCCGGCGACAGUCAUCCCAUCUGCCCCGUCAUGCUGUGGGAUGCCAAGCUCGCCAGCACAUUCGCCGACAAGAUGCUCGAUAAGGGCAUAUACGUCAUCGGAUUCAGCUACCCGGUAGUGCCCAAGGACAAGGCGAGGAUCCGCGUGCAGAUCAGCGCCGCGCACACCACAGAGGAGAUCGACAGGGCGAUCAAUGCUUUCGUCGACAUUGGCAAGGAGCUCGGAGUUGUGGGAUGAAGACGUUCCAGUUUAUGAGCUUUCGAUCGAGAGAUUCACUCGCUCUCCUUUUAAUUUUUCUUUUAGAAUUUGAAAUGCAAGCGCGCUGACGACUGGAAGUAUAUACAGCGGAAAUAUGUUAUUGUUAAGAGAGGUUCUUUUAAGAUUUCGCGAUGAAUAAAUAAACGAACAGAUUUUCAAAUGUUACUACAUACUUCGAUCUUUACGAUUUGCGCUUGUAUCUUUUCUUGCAUAUUUUCUGUUCGAAAUUUGAAAUGUUGAACAGUUAUUCGGUGUUGUUCUAUUUCUAUCCAUACGCUUCUUCUUCCCGUUGUGUACCUGCGUUUUACUAUUUUCAUAAGAUGUUUGCUUAUAGCAUUGUACUAAUGCGUGCAUAAGAUAAUCUUAUAUUUUAUUUGUGGCUGAAUUUUCAAACAAUUUUUUUCGUCACGUACGAAUCCAGCUAUUUUCUUUUAGUCUUCAAUGAGCCACUUCAAAAUCUUCACAAAAGGAAAAGCUCUGCUUGCCUCAUCUUUUAUGUUACUCAUUUUUUCAUUAUCAUUGUCUUCAGGGGUUACAUCUUGCGAAGUUCCCGUAUUUUUAAUGAUUAUCGCUGUGGUGCUUUGCAUCAAGUUAGUGCUGACACUCCUCGGUCACCAGAAGCUAAGCUCGAAGUGCAGCCGCCUGGCUACCGCCUCAACUUUCGGUGCUACGCUGAGCGAGCUUUCUUCCCUGCUAUGCAGUCGCAAGAUUUCCGAAUACCAUCAAACACUGUUCAGCUCACUUUUUCUCUCUACUUCUGUAUCGCUUAAUGACGUUUCUGUCUCGCGAUUUGUUGAGAUUCUAAACCGUUUGUACAUGUUAAAUAAAGUUUGUGAUAUAAGA